UAUGGCGUAUAUACGCCGCGCGCGAUAUAUGCUCGUCUCGCGCGAACUAUUAUACAAAUGCUUUCUGCAUUUUUAGCCAAGUGCCCGUGCCGACGUCUGGUUAUGUAUCAAUUCGCGUAAAGUUUCCCUUUGGCCGUUGCGCGUUGUAUCUCGUGGCCGACGCAGCGCAAAAUAAAACAAUCGUGUAACCAAGGCGCGCACCAUGCUUGCAGUGUUAUCCGGUGUCGAAUGCGCCCCGACUGUGUUUGCGACUCUUCCAAGCGUGUUUUUGUUGUGAUAACCUUACUCGUCAUGUCUCAUGAUAAACACUAAACGAUUCAACAGCUCGCAAAUUUUUUUUCUCCCCCACACGACUCUGAGCUCCAAGCAUCAAUGAUCUAUAAGCAUAUGACUAACACUUGCAGAAGAAAAAUAGUGUUGUUCUAUUUUCAGACUGUAAAUAAUAUUACAUGCGACUGCUUGUCAUGACUGAAGAAAUCAAACGUACUAACACAAUGGGAGUCGAAAUGGCUACUCCAUUGCAUUUGCAGCGUCUGGAGCGUAGCUUAAAUGUUCAACCAUUUUUGAACCAAGUUCAAGGAUUGUUUAAUGAACAAUUGAGUGAAGAUGAAGAUUCAUCUGAAGAUGUGUCUGCGGAAUCAGACUUGGAAUUCAAUGAACAAUUGUCACAGAAAGAAGAGAAAAAAAUGAGUAAAUUGCGCUUAUUCAACUUUACAAAUGUUGGUGAAGAUAGAGCAUGGCUGCAAGAUAUUCUAUUAAGCGAUGAUUCUGACAGCUCUGAAAAUUCUGAUUCUGAUGCUUCAAUCACAGAAGAAGACUUUCAAAAUAUGUUGCGAUCUCAUAUAAUGAAGAAAAAAUAUUUAGCCAAAUUUUAUCAAAAUCCAGAGAACAUUCAAUAUCAAUAUUACGGAUCAGGUUUAUUAUCAAAUUAUGAUAGGUUUCCUGAACAUCAGAAGCGCAUUGUGGGUAAUAAAAAGAAAAAAGAAAAGAAACCUGAUAAAAAAGUAAUUAAAAUCAAAAAAGAAAAAACAUCACAUAAAAUGUCAAUGGAUUCAAAAGAAGCAGGUGUCCCUAAUGAUUCUUGGGAUAGAAACACAAUUCAAGAUGAACAGGCAGAUGAAUCAGAAUUGUACAUUUCUAUGAAACAUCAAGGACGUGGACGUGGUAGAAAAAAACAUAAUGUAAAAAGUCCAGAAGUUAUGGCAAUGAGACGGAGAAAAUUAUGGGCUAUGAUGGCCAAAAAAGAACUUGGGAAAGUUCAAAGAGCUAAAACCAACAAUCAUAAAGAAAUGCUCAUUGGCUGUAAAAGGGUAGCCCAACACUGUAUGAAAUACUGGAGACAAAAAGCCAUGCAGUCUCAGAAAAAUAUGAAAGAAACUGUUUGGAGAGCAAAACGGUUGACAAGAGAAAUGCAGGCUUAUUGGAAAAAAUGUGAUAGAGUUGAGAGAGAAACAAGAAAGAGGCUAGAAAAAGAAGCUGAAGAACAGAGAAAAAUGGAUGUUGAACUCAUUGAAGCUAAGCGGCAACAGAGGAAAUUGAAUUUUUUAAUAACUCAAACAGAACUUUAUGCUCAUUUCAUGUCCAGAAAAAUGGGUAAAGCAUCCCCAGAAGAACAGUUAAGGAUUUUGAAUCAACUAGAUGAGGAGAAAAAUCCACGUCUAGCUAGUAUUGAUGAUUAUGAUAGUGAAUUGAUGAAACAAAAAGCCAAGAAAAAUGCAAUGGAUGCUUUUGAUAACGAAAAAGCAAGAACUCGGCAGUUUGAUCCAAAUACAAAUCAAGAACUCCGAUUGAGUCAUACACCAGAAACUUUGGAACAUCCUCAACCUGCUAUUUUUAAAGGUAAUUUAAAAGGUUAUCAAUUGAAGGGUAUGAAUUGGCUUGCUAAUUUGUAUGAUCAGGGUAUAAGUGGAAUAUUAGCUGAUGAGAUGGGUUUAGGUAAAACUGUGCAAUCUAUAGCAUUUUUGUGUCAUAUUGCUGAGAGAUACUCUGUAUGGGGUCCAUUUCUUAUUAUUUCUCCUGCUUCUACACUUCAUAAUUGGCAACAAGAAAUGGCGCGAUUCGUUCCAAGUUUUAAAGUAGUUCCUUAUUGGGGCAAUCCACAAGAAAGGAAAAUCCUUCGUCAAUUUUGGGACACAAAGGAUUUGCACACCAAAGAGGCAUCUUUUCAUGUUGUUAUUACAAGUUACCAGUUAGUGAUAACUGAUUACAAGUAUUUCAAUAGAAUAAAGUGGCAAUAUAUGAUUCUUGAUGAAGCUCAAGCUAUAAAAAGUACAAAUAGUAUGAGAUGGAAACUCUUGUUAGGGUUUAGCUGCCGAAAUCGUUUGUUACUUAGCGGUACUCCAAUUCAAAAUAGCAUGGCUGAAUUGUGGGCGUUGCUUCAUUUCAUUAUGCCAACGUUAUUUGAUUCUCACGAUGAAUUUAAUGAAUGGUUUUCGAAAGACAUUGAAAGUCAUGCUGAAAACAAAACAGGAAUUGAUGAAAAACACUUGUCAAGAUUACACAUGAUUUUAAAACCAUUUAUGUUAAGGAGAAUUAAAAAAGAUGUAGAAAAUGAAUUAUCCGAUAAGAUUGAAGUAAUGGUUUAUUGUCCCCUUACAUCAAGGCAAAAGCUUUUGUACAAAGCCCUCAAAAAGAAAAUUAAAAUUGAAGAUUUACUUCAUUACUCAGUUGGUGAUAGCAAUAUAGCUAAUGAUAAAAAUUUUACAUCUAAUUUAAUGAAUCUAGUCAUGCAAUUCAGAAAGGUCUGCAAUCACCCAGAACUUUUUGAACGUAGAGAUGCAAAAUCACCAUAUUUUUGGCGAACAGAAGCAUAUGAAAUGCCGGUUUUAUUGUAUAAAGAAGGCAUCAUAAGUUCAGCAUUACCGUCCAAAGAUCACUUAUUGUACAAUAAAUUUUCUGUGUUUGCUACUGAGCAUAUUCAUAAGACAUUAUUUAGUGAUAAGUACGAAGGAUCGAAAGAUUCUUUUUUUUCAUUUAGUAGAUUUAGUAAUAUAUCGCCCAUGGAAUUGAAUAGAAUUUUUGUAGCUGGAAUACUGUUUAGGAUGCAUCACGCCACAAAAAUGACGAAAAUUUUAAAUAAGAAAAGUUAUACCGAAGAUUGGUCAUUGGAUCAGAGCUCCGUACCUUCCAAUAUUAUGUGGCUAUUAUCGGAAAAAUUGAAUUUUUCAUCAGACGUGGCCAGCGACUUAUUGUUCACUGGAAAAAUUCAGUACCGGGAACCUGUAUAUACUUACACUACUCAUACAAUACAUUCGAUGCCUGAAACGAUGUCUCACAGAAUUUUAAGAAGCAGCAGAGACGCCAAUCAGUCAUUAAGAAUGCAAAAAUCGAUAAGUUCAGUGAAAAUAUUGCAGAACGAGGAAUUAAAAUUACAAUUGCUUCCCGAACAUCCGUACACAUACAGAGCUCCCGUGGUGAGAUCUUGUCAACCCACGAUGAUGCCAGCCUUUUUGUGCGAUAAAAUUCCCAAAGUCGUAUCUAGCGCAAGGAAGUUGUACGUAAAUCAUAGUCCUGCGGCUCACUCAUGGCGACAACACGAGGAUUGCGGUGGCAUCACUGGUAAAAGGGUGCUUUGGCUUGGUUCAGAUUUGGCUGAAAAUACCCCGAUCAAUCCUCGUGUACAUUACACACGCAUCUCUUCUUCUAUGCAUUUCACGUCAGACAGAAUCGGUGGUUUGUCCGCUUGUAAACCUCAGAACGGCUGGUCAAACAUCAUCGUUCCAGAUAAGCAAACGCUGGUGACGGAUGCGGGCAAACUAUCGGUACUGGACAAUCUACUGAAACGCCUCAAGGAGCAAGGACAUCGCGUUCUCAUAUACUCGCAAAUGACGAAAAUGAUCGAUUUACUCGAGGAAUAUAUGUACCAUCGCAAGCACACCUUCAUGAGGCUGGAUGGCUCGUCGAAAAUUUCUGACCGCCGCGAUAUGGUCGCUGACUUCCAGAAAAGAGCGGAUAUAUUUGUCUUUCUAUUAAGCACAAGAGCCGGAGGUUUGGGGAUCAACCUUACUGCUGCGGACACGGUAAUAUUCUACGACAGUGAUUGGAAUCCAACGGUCGACCAGCAAGCCAUGGAUCGAGCACAUCGUCUUGGGCAGACCAAACAGGUCACAGUUUAUCGUCUGAUUUGCAAAGGAACCAUCGAAGAACGCAUUUUACAACGGGCUCGAGAAAAGAGCGAGAUUCAACGAAUGGUAAUCAGUGGCGGUAAUUUCAAGCCGGACACGCUGAAACCGAAAGAGGUGGUAUCGCUGCUGCUCGACGAUGCAGAAAUCGAGGCUAAAUACAGUCAACGGAGCGAGGAGAGAAAGCAAGCGGCCGAGGAGGCCCGUCGCGCAGCCCAAGCAGAGGCAAAGGAGCGAGCUGCCGAGCGGAAGAGGAAGCUAACCGCGCUUCCGGUCAAGGGCGACGUCAAGAAACCUCAUCUGUUUCUAAGCGGCGAAGAAAUCAAUGACUCGCUCGACGCGUUCAAUCAUCAACAAAAGGAAACCGAUGAAUACAACACCUCCGUACAGAGUCCCAAAAGCGAGGACGAGACGAGCAACGAAGGUUUGGUCGUCGACGUCGACGGCCCGUACUCCUCGGACUCGCUCAAUCUGCAGCUGAACCAACAGAGGCCCUUCGGUAAUCUAGGCAGUGGCGGUGGCGGCGGCGUUGGUAGCAGCAGCAACAGCAGCGGCACCAGCAACCCGUUGAGAAUCCGCGAAACUGUUCGGGGCUCAACGAAGCGUGGCAGACCGAGGGGAUCGAGACGAGGCGGCCCCGUCGGCGGUAAAGUUCGUAACAGUAACUUCCAAGUGCAGAUGGUCCACGGUAGCGCCUCGGCGACGUCGACCAGCACUACCGCACACCAUCACGCAUCAGCCGAGGAGGCGUCUUCGAGCAGUUUUCAGGCGACGAACCAGCAGCUGCACCCAAGCCCCGGUCAAAGCAGCACCAGCGGCGGUGGUGGUGGCGGUGCCAACAAUAGCAAUGCCACCUUCAAAGUUUCCAUGUCCAACAUACGUCGCGGCCCAGGCAGACCGAGGCUUAGGCAGAACGGGCCGGGCCAUCAGGGCUAUCGGGCGGUCCCGCUAGCUGCUUCUUCGUCGCCGAACAUCAUCGUGCAACAUCACAACUCUUCGUCGUCGUCGUCAUCGUCGUUGCCGGGCCAAAAGAGAUCGUCGACCGCCGCGGGUCUGUCCGCGCCGAUUCGUCUGCAGCCCGCCAAACAGAUCAAUUCCGAGCACAGGUCGUUUGAUUUUUAUGCUCAACAGCAGCAGCAGCAGCAACAACAACAGCAGCAGCAGCAGCAACAGCAGGUGAAACAACAGACGAACAGCAGCGCUGCUGGUGGAUCUGGUAAUAGCUAAAAAUAAAAGGAGCUAAAAGUAUCAAUCGCCUAUAGACGCCAAAGUACCACCCUGAUUCGGCAAUUUCCUUAGAGUAAGACAAAAGUUUUAUUUUUACGUCAGUAUCCUAAAUACAGUCUGUAUAUAUUGAUUAUUUUGUAUGUACAUUGAUAUAUAUUUAUUAUACGAUACUACGAUUGCGACGAUUACAAAAAUGAUGUAAUAUUACGAUUUUGAAUACUUUUAAAAAAGGUGCAGGACGUUUGAAGCUACCUUUUUUCCAAUUUUUAUUUAAUAAAAUGAGAGUUACUACAUUGUACAGGAAAGAAUUGACGUUUCUUCCGUUUAGCUUUUAAAAGUUCAGCAGCUCUCGUUAUAAGCAGCGAUUACUUGUUAUUUUAAGUAGGCAACACACACUUGCCAAUACAAUAUAGAUCCAAAUCUCGGUUGAAAAAAAAAGAUAACCGACGCGUUCGAUCUAUUAACGAUUAAAAAUGCAAAACACCAUUGCAGAAUAAAUGAAAACAAAAAAGAAAAACGUGUACAUUGUUUAAAUGUGUAUUGAAUAAAGAAAGUUUGAU